GACAAACGGAAGUCACAGUGCUGCCAUCAUAAAGUCUUUUUAGGUUGUUUUCGUGGCAAGCACGCUUUCUUCGAGGCACACCACGAUGCAGAUAUUUGUGAAAACUUUGACGGGUAAAACCAUCACCCUUGAAGUAGAAUCAUCAGAUACUAUUGAAAAUGUGAAAGCUAAAAUCCAAGAUAAAGAAGGCAUUCCACCAGAUCAACAACGUCUCAUUUUUGCUGGAAAGCAAUUAGAAGAUGGACGUACCCUGUCAGAUUACAAUAUUCAAAAAGAAUCUACUUUGCAUCUUGUUCUUCGUCUUCGUGGUGGUGUCAUUGAGCCCACCUUGCGUAUUCUUGCACAGAAAUACAACUGUGAAAAAAUGAUUUGUAGAAAAUGUUAUGCUCGCCUUCAUCCGCGUGCAACUAAUUGUCGUAAAAAGAAAUGUGGCCAUACAAACAACAUCCGACCAAAAAAGAAGCUAAAGUAAACUAUAUGCUUAACUUUUACUUCUAUUCUCUCAAUUUACCAAUUUAUGUAUCCCUUAAAAAUGAUUUUAAUAAAAGAUACAUGAGUAAUUAAA